CUCCUGUCAGUCACGCUCGAGCUGCCUAGUCCACUGUCCGUUUGUAGUCUUCAGGAUCGAUAAUCUGACAGUACCGCUGACACGUUACCUGGGACAUUUACCGAAUACAUUGGAAAGAUGAGGCGCUGAAAGAGAGAGAAUGAUAUACGGGCUGAGAUACUAAGAGAGGUUAAGUUCCCCUAUUCUAACGGUUAUGAUAAUGAGACAGACAAGUGCGUACAACCGUCUACUGUGGGUAAGAAGAAGCGACUUGAUUUGAAUCUAUCCAACAUGUCAGCGAAAGACGAAAUGAGUCAGAAGUCAAAUGUUACAGAGUAACAUCCUUUUUAUAGUUUUUUUUCUAUAUUUAAAUGACACAUACAUUUUGAUUAAGUAUAUUGAUACUGGGAUGACGACUCAUUUUCCAGUUGGCGAUAUCUGUUGUUUUUAAGGUACUGUAGGUAGUCAGGUUAGUUUACUGUACUUUUUAGAUGAGGGCAAAACACACCCUAUAGAGAGCAUGUUAAAACGUGGAGGUAAAACCAGCUACAACCCAUAUUCAACGGGUCAGAGAGUAAAGAAGGCCGGGUCUAAAUCCAAUAGCAAACUGGACAUUUUACCCAACCGCCCGAAUGUCCUGCUCAAACAGCUCUCCAUUCUCCAGGAGAUGCCCCGUCGAGACGGCGUCGACGCCGCCCUUUCGUCCUCCCUCUCCUCCUCGACCCUCGCCCUCCCGUCUGGUGUCUCCCUGGACCCCUCCCUGUCCUGUCCCGGAACCCCCAGCGCCCACCACGGCAGGAUGACGGGGGUGGGCAUGGCCUCCCCCGUGUCCACCCUGAAGAGGCCCACGGCACUGAGCCGGCACGCCAGCGCGGCCGGCUUCCCCCUCCAGUCCUGGGUGUUCACCAAGGCCCAGGCCAAGGGGGCAACCAGCCCGAGCCUCCCAGCCGAGGGUCCGGAGACCACGGCCAUCGAGGUGGAAGACAUCCCCGCUCUGCUCAGGGACGUGGCUCGCUUCGCCGAGGCGGUGGAGAAGCUGAAGGACGUGGUGCUGCUGGAGGACAAGCAGGAGAACCGGCGUCCCCUGGCCCACGUGUGCCUGGGGGAGGUCCUGAGGAUCCUGCGCCAGGUGAUCAACACCUACCCCCUCCUCAACACGGUGGAGAUCCUCACCGCCGCCGGAAAACUCAUCUCCAAGGUCAAAGGAUUCCACUAUGAAGUGUCUAACGAGUCGGAAAAGAACGACUUUGAGAAGGCCAUCGAGACCAUCGCUGUUGCCUUCAGUAGCAACGUCUCGGAGCUGCUGAUGGGGGAGGUGGACAGCAGCACCCUGCUGUCCCAGCUGCCCACAGAGAGGAGCAGGUCUCUGGAGAACUUGUAUGCGGGCGCAGGCUCUGAGGGAAACUACUUCAGGACAGACUUCCACAACCUGGCCAUGAGAGCGGAGGAGGUGGACAUUGUGCUGCAGCGUAGCGAGGGAGGUGUGGACUCAGCUCUGCUCUAUGCUAAGACCAUCUCCAAGUACAUGAAGGACCUGAUGACCUACGUGGAGAGGAGGACCUCCCUGGAGGUGGAGUUUGGCAAGGGCCUCCUGAGACUGUACCAGUCCUGCAAACACAGCAUCACUCAGCCCCACAUGCCGUUGUAUUCCAUCUACUCCCCCGCUCUGGAUCAGGACAUGGAACAGAGCACUGGUCUUCAACAGGCUGCCAACCUCUUGCACAACAAGACCUUCAUGCAGCCUCUCAUGCAGCGCAAGUACGAUCAUGAGAAGAGGCGCAAGGAGAUCAAGGAGCAGUGGCACCGAGCCAAGAGGAAACUGAUGGAGUGCGAGGCGAACCUUCGUAAAGCCAAGCACGCGUACACAGCUCGCUAUGAGGAGUACCAGGUCAGAGCGGCCGCCAGCAGAGCGGAGGAGGAGGGAGGGGGAUCCACCGGCAAGUCUCUGGACAAGAAGAGGCGCGUGGAGGAAGAGGCCCGCAACAAGGCGGAGGAGGCCGAGGCCACCUACAGGACGUGUGUGGCGGAUGCCACCACCCAGCAGCAGGAGCUGGAGCACACUAAGGUGACGGUGCUCAGGCAGCUGCAGGAGGUCAUCAAGCAGAGCGACCAGACCCUGCGCUCGGUGACCAUCUCCUACUACCAGACGAUGCACGCCCAGACGGUGGCUCUGCCGGUGCACUACCAGACCCUGUGUGAGAGCAGCAAGCAGUACGACCCAGGCCAGCAGUACGCUGCCCACGUCAAAGACCUCCAGCUCCCCGAACAGCCCGAAGUCAGCUACCAGUUUGAGCCCUACUCCAGCCAGCAUUUGUCCAGGGGGCGCCAUGACAGCUUCAACACGGACCAGCAGAGCUCCGUGGAGAGUCCCGCCAGCACCACGGAGCCCCGCCCCUCAGACGGCACCAGCUCCGAGGACAGGAAGAGGAAGGGCCACAAGUCCUGGGGCUCCACGGUCAGUGAUGACAGUGGAGGAGGAGAGGGAGGCUUGGAGUCCCCCACUUCUAGCACAGUUGACAUCAGCAAGAUGGCACGCACCUCCUCCACGGGCACCAUGUCGUCCAAUGAGGACGCAGACGAGAAGGACGGGAACGUGGCCUCCUUCGAGACCCCAAACACCAACGGGAUGGAGCCUGAGAUGGUGGCUCCUACGGGCCCCUUCAAGAACGUGGGCCUGUCCAAGGCGGCCCAGACCCACCGCAUGCGUAAGCUGCGGACCCCGGCCAAGUGUCGGGAGUGUGACAGCUACGUGUACUUCCAGGGAGCUGAGUGUGAGGAGUGUUUCCUGGCGUGUCACAAGCGUUGCCUGGAGACCCUGGCCAUCCAGUGUGGCCAUAAGAAGCUGCAAGGCAAACUGCAGCUGUUCGGCAGGGACUUCUCCCAGGUGGCCGGGGAAAGCAGCGAUGGCAUCCCCUUCAUCAUCACCAAGUGCAUCUCAGAGAUAGAGAGGAGGGCACUGCGGAUGAAGGGCAUCUACAGGGUGAACGGCGUCAAGACUCGUGUGGAGAAGCUGUGUCAGGCAUUUGAGAACGGCAAGGAGUUGGUGGAGCUGUCCCAGUGCUCCCCACACGACAUCAGCAACGUGCUCAAGCUCUACCUCAGACAGCUCCCUGAGCCCAUCAUACAGUUCCGCCUGUACCACAGCCUGAUGGGGCUGGCCAAGGACAGCCUGCACACAGAGGGGGAGGAGGGCCCUGAGGCGGAGGAGGCUGGGGCAGGGCUCCACGGGGCGGGCAGGGGCCCACAGCUGGUGGACCUGGGCCCGGACACAGCCCCAGAUGUCCUGGUCCUGGUGGACAAGCUAAAGGAGCUGCUGAGUGGACUGCCCAAGAAUAACAUCUCCACGCUGCGUUACAUCACACGCCACCUCCGCAGGAUUGCCGAGUUGGAGCAGGACAACAAGAUGAGCCCCAGUAACCUGGGCAUCGUGUUCGGCCCGUCUCUGAUGCGGCCUCGCCCCACCGGUGCCACCGUGUCCCUGUCCUCCCUGGUGGACUACCCCCACCAGGCGCGCAUCGUGGAGACCCUCAUCGUCUUCUACACCUCCAUCUUCCAGUCCAAGUCCUCCAGGACCUCCGCCAGCCAGUCCUCCACCUCCCCCCCACAGAGCGGCGCGGAGGGAGAGAGCACCCCGGACGCUGCAGUGGUGGAGGAGCAGGACGGUGGCGAGGAGCUGGGCAGAAUGGACUCUGACAAGAUAGAUGAGGGAUGCGGCAGUUCUCCAGGCUCCCUGGGCUCCAGCGAGCAGCUGGAGGACUCGGUCUGGGAGCUGGACGAGUCCAGUCAGAAGACCUCCCUCUCGGCGCGUCCAAGGCUGGUCAAGCAGGAGAGCGAGGUCAGCACCGACGACGACCAGCUGAGCUGCCGGGACAGUCUGGAUCUCUCUGGGCAUUCUCUUCCCUUGGUCGACCAGUAUCAGGACCAGGACCAGGACCCAGAGCAAAUCCAGGACUCGGAUCAGAGCCAGGAGAGAGAAGGAGUCCUCGACGGUGACCCCCCCGCCCCUCCGGACACAGAGCCCCCAGACCUGGAGGUCUCUGAGCAGCACCUGGAGCUUAGCGUCUCCAUGGCAGAGCUCGACAUGAACCAGUCCAACAAUAACAACAACUGUGUGCUGGGCAUGGCAGGGCGUCCGCUGCCUCACCUGUGUGUUGGUAAGCUCCCCCUGAGUAGGAGCAGGGACGGGGAGGCAGAGUUUGUGUAAACAAGUGUACCCCAGUCGUGUUCAGUUGGGAAUACAGGCAUGCAUUGUGACAACAACAAAAAAGUGAGCAGGGGAGAGUUGGUUAUGAGCAGUUUCGUUUAGAUGUUUUUCAUCCAUGAUGAGUCCUGCAUUACCAACUGUUCCAAACGAUCCGAGAAAGGUGUAUCUUCUAAUGUAUAGUACAUUAGUACUGAAUGUGUCAAGUCUUAAUAGCUUUUAAUUAGAUGUGGAUGUUGGAAGCGAUAAGGUUACUUUGCUGAUUGUGCCAACUUCAAUGCUUAUGGGCCUGCUGUUUUUUAAACGUUUAAAUUUGUUUUAUUUCUAUGUCCCAUUUUAAAACUUUUUAGACAUUGCUCCUUAAAGCUUGAAUUAAUGCCUAGUGAAGUUUGGGGUUUCAGAUGGAUGUAAACAAUAAAUUUCUAAGCAGAUGUUGGUUAGGGUUAAAGUGCUGCUGGUUUUAUUUUGGCACUAAAACUAAAAGUUGUAUCCAGAGGGGAUUUUAUUGAUUUGUUUCCAUCACUGUUGCCUGGUUUUGUAUGUAAUAUGUGCUAAAUACAAUUUUCGAAGUUAUAAGAAUUAAAAGGGUAAGCAUCCUAUUGAAAUGA